UAUAACAUUACAGAGACUGAUGUAGCAAUUGGUGGUUUAUACCUACAAACAAUAUUAUUAGAUUGUUCAAAGUCAUCAGUGCUCACAUCUCAGUUAAAUUACGUAGCAACUGUAAUCUCAUCAUUGGAUAUAUCGUAUAAAUGUACAAAUCUAAAAGACGAGUAUAUAUUUACAUACACAACAUAUACACACUGGUACGUCUUCUAUAACCAUGGGGUGUUUAUAAUACAACACAUCUAUCCUACAGCAGUCACAUUCAUAGAGCACAAUAUGUACAGGCAACUAAUGACAAACAUUCACACCAUAAUGAGAUUGGACGUUAUUUUAGGUAUGUACAAUAACAAUGUCGAUAAAAUGGUCAUUGCUAUAGCUGAAGAAAACAUUUGGUUCAUGGAAGAUUUCACAGACGGUAACGUUACUAAACUGUCGUGGUCUAUAUUAAUAAACUCUCGAAAGAUAACCAACGGACUGUAUUACCCACAGGGUAAAUGUGUGAUAGUGUUUGUGAAACAAUAUGUGUACGUGUUAUCAGUACCAAAUUUGAAGAUUAUACAUCAGUCUGUGAUGUCUACACAAAUAGUUGGGACCGGGUUAUUCUAUAAUAAUCAAAGUAUUUUUAAUACCGUCAAUGGUAUAUUAUUUAAGUUAGACAUAUUGUCUGUAUUUAACCACACUGAUAUCAUUGAUGCAAUUGAUGAUGCUGUAUUCUACACUGUUGGACCCUUACACGAACAAUGGUUAAUGUGUAGUGACGACAAACACUUGACUGACCGUUAUAAGUUUUGGUCUGCUAGAAAUGUUAGAAACACUGAUGGUAUUUACAUGCGACAAAAACUAUCGGAUGUUGUAUUCGGAGUAGGGCUCCAAAUGGUUGAUGUAAAAAAAUGUGACUUUAUUGUGGAAACCAUAUUCAGUCAUAAAUAUGUAUAUCUGAUAUCGAGUGAUUACGUAUUUGUAUACGAUCCACUAGACCUAAGAUUGAAAUAUGAUCAAGCAUUCAGGUUAGAAGAUGAUGAUAUAUUACAGACAGCACUGUUAGUGUAUUAUGACUUUAACAAGCAAUAUAUCUCUGUCGUUAACGGUACAGGACUUUAUUAUUUAAAUAAUGACUUCAAAUAUGUUAAGACUGCUUUGUUGUGGGAUUAUAUAAAUAUUGAUGAACCGGUUGUUGCAGCUAUAUACUUCCCUCAAGGAGAUGAUAUAUUGUUGUUAACUGAUAAUGGUUACUGGACUAAUAUGAACAUUAAUGAUUUUGUUUUAACAACAGUCAGUCAAUCCCUGAUAUCGUAUUUACCCAAGACAAUAUUGGAUAAUCGUAGAUUACUAUACAUGUAUCAUGCUGAGCUACCUGCUAUAUGUGACAGUAGAGCCUGUGUCCUAUAUAAUACAUCUGUAGACCAGACUAUAUUUCUGAAUGAUUUACUCAACUGUGAACAUCUUCAAAGUCUUAAUAUUACCAAUGACACGACCCCUCCGCCCACCACAACGGCUACGGCCCCUCCGACCACCACUACCACUGUCCCUCCGACCACCACAAUGGCUACGGCCCCUCCGACCACCACUACCACUGCCCCUCCGACCACCACAAUGGCUACGGCUCCUCCGACCACCACUACCACUGCCCCUCCGACCACAAUGGCUACGGCCCCUCCGACCACCACUACCACUGCCACUCCGACCACAAUGGCUACGGCCCCUCCGACCACCACUACCACUGCCCCUCCGACCACUAAAAGGACUACUGCCCCUCCGACCACAAUGGCUACGGCCCCUCCGACCACCACUGCCCCUCCGACCACUAAAAGGACUACGGCCCCUCCGACCACCACAAUGGCUACGGCCCCUCCGACCACCACUACCACUGCCCCUCCGACCACAAUGGCUACGGCCCCUCCGACCACCACUACCACUGCCACUCCGACCACAAUGGCUACUGCCCCUCCGACCACUAAAAGGACUACUGCCCCUCCGACCACAAUGGCUACGGCCCCUCCGACCACCACUGCCCCUCCGACCACAAUGGCUACGGCCCCUCCGACCACCACUGCCCCUCCGACCACUAAAAGGACUACGGCCCCUCCGACCACCAAAAGGACUACGGCUCCUCCGACCACCAAAAGGGCUACGGCUCCUCCUACCACCACUACCACUGCCCCUCCGACCACCAAAAGGACUACGGCUCCUCCGACCACCAAAAGGGCUACGGCUCCUCCGACCACCACUACCACUGCCCCUCCGACCACCAAAAGGACUACGCCUCCUCCUACCACCACUACCACUGCCCCUCCGACCACCAAAAGGGCUACGGCUCCUCCGACCACCAAAAGGGCUACGGCUCCUCCGACCACCACUACCACUGCCCCUCCGACCACCAAAAGGAUUACGGCUCCUCCGACCACCACUACCACUGCCCCUCCGACCACCAAAAGGACUACGGCUCCUCCGACCACCACUACCACUGCCCCUCCGACCACCAAAAGGACUACGGCUCCUCCGACCACCACUACCACUGCCCCUCCGACCACUACUACCACUGCCCCUCCGAUCACCACUACCACUGUCCUUCCUCAGAUUGUUACAAGUCUGCUAACUAAUAUUCCAACUACUUUUGAAAUGAUGACACUAUUUGAUAAUAAUAUUAAUAUAAAUUUAAUUACUCAUAAUCCAAAAUUAUACAACACGCUAAAUCAUCAAUUCCAUAACCAUGACAGACAUGUCCAACGUUACCAUUCACACAAAAGUAAAUUCUACAACUUAACAGAAUUAACUCCAUACCAUAUAAGCUUUAUUAUUUUAAAAGCUGACUCUAUCAAUCUUAUUUCUGACAUUUUGGUACAUCUGAACUUAGAUUAUCACUUGAAGUACACUGAUGAGUUUGUCAAAUACAAAGCUGACACUGUAUUUCGGCUAACCAAGGCCUUGAGUAAACUACAUAACCUGAAGCCAGAAUCCAACAUAAACCCUAUUAGGUUUAUUGUUCAAGAGCUGACAUCUGAAUCUGCUGUAGACGUACGAGAUACACUCAAAAACUAUCGACAGGAAGUGAUGGAGGCAAUCACCAACCUUAUAGGAUUCACAACGAAGUCUGCUACCAUGUAUUUCCUUGAAAGUCCUAUUGGUAUAGCUAUUAUAUCUAUUGUAGUAAUAUGUAUUGUGCUCGGUAUAGCUUUAUUAUGUUAUUUUUAUUGUCCUUGUAAUAGGAUGGAAGAACAUAAUCGUUAUCGUAAGGGAUAUGUUCCAAUAAAUAUGUCUCUAUGACUUGUGAUGUUUAUUUCUUUAAUUGAUUACAAAUGUGUAGUU